CCUCGGCGAAGUGAGCAAUGGGGAGGGUGUGUUCAAAAUGCGAUUAGGGUACUGCGAGUGAGCGUAUACGAUAUUUCGUAACGCAGUCAUCCACAUAAGUCCGGUUGUUGCAAAUUGCUGACACGUUGACGUGAUGCGGUGGCAGAGAAGAGGAGGCGGCCUCUGGUGACUUUUAAUACAGGGUCGAGAUGCCGUUCCAGAAGCGGCUGGUGGAGCCGUCGGCCGUGUGCCGCGGCACGCUGCCGGCCGACACCACGCUGCCCAGCGAGCUGGAGGCCGUCACCAACGGCACGCUCUCCAACGUGGUGCGCCAGCUGUCGUCGCUGUCGCGCCACGCCGAGGACAUGUUCGGCGAGCUGUUCCGCGAGGCCGAGCGCAUCGUGCACCGCUCCAACGGCCUGCAGCUGCGCAUCGACAGCCUGGCCGACAAGGUCACGCGGCUGGACAGCACCGUCGAAGAAGUGUCGCUGCAAGACAUCCACAUGCGCAAGGCGUUCCGCUCGCGCGUGGUGUACGACCAGGAGGUGUUCAGCCGUGAGAGCAUGCCAGCCGCCAUGCGCGAGACGUACCUCAGCUGCGACGCGCCGCCGCCGCUCGACAAACUCAACGUGUUCAGAGAGGACGGCAAGGACGGCAUGCAGUUCUACACGGACCCCAACUACUUCUUCGAACUGUGGCGGCAGGAGAUGCUCAAGGAGAACGACCGGCUUAUGCACGAGAAGGGCAAAAAGCCGCACCGACCGCGCCAGGACGGCAGCGGCGGCGGCGGCGCUGGCCGCCACAAGAAGCGCGUCCGCCAGGCGCAGAAUACCCGGCAGAAGCACGUGCAGAUGGCGCUGGAGCAGGGCGAGUACAUCACCAACUCGCCGGGCAAACACAACGGACAGCAGCAGACGCAGUACGGCGACGGCGGCGGCUCGCCACUGGGCGCGCCGCAGCCGCGGCCGGCCGGUGGCGGCGGCCCGGCCGAACCCGGCAGCCUCGGCUCGCCGGCCGGCCGCGCCCUCAGCCGGAUCGUCUCCAGCCGGCCGUCGCAGCCGCCGCCGGCGCCGCCCAGCCACGAGGGCACGCCUACGCGCGGACGCCUGUACAGUGGGAGGGAGGCGCUGCCGCCCCCACCGCCUCCGCCGCCGCCGCCCAUGCCCGACGGCUUGACCAACGGCUUGCGCUCUCCACCGGCCCCGAACGGCGAGCUGGCAGGACAGACUAUGAACACGUCUUCCUCGUCGUCGCCGAGCCGGUCGGAGGUCGUGGACGGGUCGGCUCCGGCCCUGCUGCCGACGCCCGCAAAGGAGCCGCCGCCUUACGACGCUCGCAGCGACCUGCUCAAGGCCAUCCGCGACGGUAUCAAGCUGCGCAAGGUGGAGGUGGUGGAGGAGAAGCGACGCGAGGAGGCCAAGCCGCUGCACGACGUGGCCUCCAUUCUGGCGCGCCGCGUCGCCAUCGAGGUGUCGGACUCGAACUCGGGCUCCGACUCGGACAGCGAGGCGUGGGAUGACGAGACCAGCGCCUAGGCGGCCCGGCGCCGCGCGCAGCCGCCGCCCGCGCCCGCUCGGCUCUUGCCCACCCGAGCUCUUCAGAAUGGUAGACCUGGGUCUGUGCAGAGUUAGAUUUCCGUGGUACGGAAGUUUCCCUGGUGACGUCAUUUAACCAACCCUGGUGGACGAGACGCCCAAAAGCCCCACCAUAUUCAUCCCAUAAUCAUGUGCGAUGAUAUGUUUUUCGAAGAGGGUGGGUGUAGCCUUGACGAUGUCUGUCGUAGUGUCGUGUCAAUUCAACCCUUUGUCCCUGUUCAGAUUUUUAGGGUCUCAUUUGUCUUGUUCCAUACACAAAGUGAGUUUUGUGAUUGCCAAACCCGUGGAACAGUUUUUAACGUCAUGUCCUAUUCAGGCCU